CUCGCACGAGCUGAUUCAUCAGAUCUGAUCUGUGACAGUCACAUAUUCACCAGAGUAAAUGAGUGUGACUCUCUGUGUGCCUGUGAAAGAGGGUGUGUGUGUGUUCGAUGUGUGUGUUUGAGACACAGUGUGUUGCGUAGCUGCGCUUGCGUGACCACAGCCCUAUGAGUGAGGCAACAGAAGUGUUGUAAAAGCAACUGUACAGUUUGUGCACUGUGAUAUUUUGUCAUCAUGAAACAUUUCAUUAUGGGUCACUCCACACCAUGGUUAAAAAACGGUGACCGUGGAAAUCAGCAAAGUGUGCGGAGUGAUAAUUUAAAACAGAUCUUUGAGAUGUUAUCAUGUGUGUUGCAGUCUUUCAUGCCCCUUCAGCAAAUACCUGAGGAAUGUGGUCAGGUUAAUGCGCUGGAAUUAAACCGCAGCCCAGGAAUGUGUGUACAUCAAGCAAGCCAAAACUCGAACUGUGCACAUUCAUCUCAUGAUCCGGGCAAAGCUCUUCAUUCUCUUUCUCUCUGUCUUUGUGAACAGAAUUGUUCGUGUGAGGUGUCAGUUCCCCUUCAGAUGAUAGAAAGUGUAGAAUGUCGGGACAUGUUCCAGCUCCACAUCACCUGCAAAGACUGCAAGGUCAUCAGGUGCCAGUUCUCCACCUUUGAGCAGGGUCAGGAGUGGCUGAAGAGGCUGAGCGCAGCGGUCCGUCCUCCCUCUCACAUAGAAGACCUCUUUUCUUUCGCCUUCCACGCGUGGUGUGUGGAAAAGGAACAGCACGGGGAUCUUUGCAGACCAGGUGAACAUGUGACAUCACGUCUUCAUAAUGAGGUGGAGCGGAUGGGCUUCGACACUCAGAACGCCUGGAGAAUAUCUGAGAUCAACAAGAAUUACAAGAUGUGUUCCAGUUACCCUCAACUGCUGCUAGUGCCAGCCUGGAUUACAGAUACGGAGUUGGACAACGUGGGCACCUUCCGCUCCUGGAAGAGAAUCCCUUCUGUGGUUUACAGGCACCAGAGCACAGGGGCAGUGAUUGCUCGCUGCGGUCAGCCUGAGGUCAGCUGGUGGGGCUGGAGAAACGCAGAUGAUGAGCACCUGGUGCAGUCUAUCGCCAGAGCCUGUGCCGUGGACAGCAGCUCCUGUAAAGGCCUUUCCAACGGCUCGUACACCAACGGAGCUGACCUCUCCGAUGUUGACUUCGACUCGUCCUUGACUAACAGCUCAGAGGUGGAGUCAAUGGCCAUUCAACCUCGUAAACUUCUCAUCCUGGAUGCCAGGUCGUACGCGGCAGCCGUGGCCAACAGGGCCAAAGGAGGAGGAUGUGAAUGUCCAGAGUACUACCCUAACUGCGAGGUGGUGUUCAUGGGCAUGGCCAACAUUCAUUCCAUCCGCAAGAGUUUCCAGUCUCUUCGCGUCCUCUGCACCCAGAUGCCUGAUCCUGCCAACUGGCUGUCUGCUCUGGAGAGCACAAAGUGGCUGCAGCAUCUCUCUCUUCUGCUCAAAGCGUCUCUUCUUGUCUUGAACGCAGUGGACCGCGACCACAGGCCAGUCCUGAUACACUGCUCGGACGGAUGGGACCGCACACCUCAGAUAGCGGCACUGGCAAAACUCCUGCUGGACCCGUUCUACCGCACCAUUGAGGGUUUUCAGGUGCUGGUUGAGACCGAGUGGUUGGACUUCGGGCACAAGUUUGCCGACCGCUGCGGUCACGGAGAAAAUGCGGAGGACCUGAACGAACGCUGUCCUGUCUUCCUGCAGUGGUUAGACUGUGUUCACCAGCUCCAUAGACAGUUCCCAUGUUCCUUUGAGUUUAAUGAAGCCUUCCUGGUGAAGCUCGUUCAGCACACAUACUCGUGUCUGUUCGGGACGUUCCUGUGUAACAGCGGGAAGGAGCGUGAGGACAGACACAUCCAGGAAAGAACCUUCUCUGUGUGGUCUCUCCUCAGACCUGCCAACCGCUCCUUCAGAAACAUGCUCUACUCCUCCCAUUCUGAGAACGUUCUCCAUCCCGUGUGUCACGUGCGUAAUCUCAUGUUAUGGACAGCUGUUUACCUCCCCAGUUCUUCACCCACAACCCCUUCAGAUGACUCCUGUGCCCCCUACCCUGCACCUGGUGCCAACCCUGAGGACCAGCCCCUGGGCAGGCGUCCGAAGACCCGCUCAUUUGAAAACUUGCCCAGCGCUUGUGAAGUUGGAAACCCAUUGACCUCGAAUCGACGUUCCAGCGAUCCCAGUUUAAAUGACAAGUGGCAGGACCAUCGCAGGUCUCUGGAACUCAACAUUGGGACGGGGGCUGACAAUGCUGUAUCUCCAGACCCAGAAGGGAGGGUCAACGGUCAAACAGGGAUGGGAAUUAUAGGAACAAUACCCAACGGGGGUGCAGGGGAUGUCAGGUUGCCAAUGAUGGAGGGUGUUGAUGAGGCGGAGCUAUCCCUGACAGUAGGUGUGGCUGUGGGUCAGAUGGAGAACAUUCUGCAGGAAGCAACGAAGGAAGACUCCGCACCGGAUAAUCGUAGAGAUGCUAAGACAGAUCACACUAAUGAUACCUCCAGUUUAACGUGUGCUAACGGCCAGAUGAACGAUGUUGCACAUUCAGACGUAAAGCGCAGCAAUGGUGGUAUUGUUCAGACACAGCAAACCGCUAACGGUCAAGCCGAAAGCAUCAUAGAGCGCAGCGUGAAUGGACAUUGUUCAGAGGACGGAAGUUCUGAAGAGUCCUCUGCUCUCAGUCAGGAUACUUCAGGAAGCCAAGACUCAGAGGAACUAGCUGAGGAAGCCCUAGAGGAUCAUAACCUCUCUUGCAACACAUCCAAUUUACCUCCAAAUGGCCUUAGGACUCUCAUUAAUGGCUUCGGGGUUGAGAAACAGGGAUCUCCCACCGACCCGGAGGCCAGAUCUGAGCCUCUUGAGAACGCUGAGAAACGCCUUUCUUUGUUGGAAAGCUCCACAGAGACGCUUACGGAAGACUUAGGAGUCCGGCCACAAAGUCUGGGACCCUUGACCUUUCCACACCCACUUAAAACCUCCACAGAAUCGCCGUGCCUCAGACAAGGUCUCGAUGCAGAAACUGACCCGCAAGGCACUGCCAGGACUUUAAACAACAUCCCCAAACGGCCGUCUCUAAGUGCCUUUCCACCCUCUGACCUCCAUAAUCCCGUCUGUAACGGAGACUCCCCGGACCCAGAGCCCUCCACUCCACAGUGGGCACGCACAAACGGGGAACGACUUAGCCGACAGGUAUCGCUCGCCAGCUGCGGCUCGCUGACUCUCCCCGCUCGGGGCGUUUGCUCCCACCAUCGGUGCCUGCACUUGGGAUUUCUGGGACGGCCGAGCUUCAGCCCUCCAGAAGCACCCUCGACCCGGAGCCAUCUAGAUGACGACGGGUUGACCCUGCACACGGAUGCCGUUCAGCAGAGGCUGAGGCAGAUCGAAGCGGGUCACCAGUUGGAGGUGGAAGCCCUGAAGAGGCAGGUACAGGAGCUCUGGAGCCGUCUGGAGAGCCAUCAUUCUGCUGGGAUGCCGCGACUCAAUGGAGACAUGGGAGAUGAAGUGACCUCGAUCACAGACUCUGACUAUAACCUGGAGCCCAGCUGUCUCUCCCGCUGCAGUACUGAACUCUUUUCUGAGGCCAGCUGGGAGCAGGUGGACAAGCAGGAUACUGAGGUGACCCGCUGGUACCCAGACCAUCUGGCAGCGCAGUGCUACGGCUGCGAGAGAGGGUUCUGGCUGGCCACUAGAAAGCACCACUGCCGAGGCAAGGAGCAUAUGGAAGAGGUUUGGUGAGGAUUGUCUCUUUCACAUUGGCCUGUUAAUCCUGCAUCGCUUCCGAGUGUUUCUAAUCCUCUGCUCUGUCUUCUCAUGGGCUCAGAUGAAGCUCUGUUAAUGUUAGGGUGAAAGGUUUGGGGAGGAACUGCGCUGUAAUAUUUUGAGUGGAGACUAAUCGAAGAAGCGUUGACACAUCAUAAUGGGCUCAUGAAUAUGGGUUGUGUUAAGUUUCAUGAAAGACAGCAUCAUGGAUGUUGUGUAACCCACAAAACCAGUUUUCCUUCUGUCUGUGUGCAUGUGCAUUUGUUUCUAGUGGGAGCGGUCGUUGGAUUUGCAUGUUUUAAGCACCGGUGUAUGUGUGUGGCGUGUAACACGGCAGCGUGUGAAGGUUUGGCCAGGGAUUUCAUGCACCUCUUACUAGUUUGUGAUGAAUUACAGUGCAGUGAAUCUGCAUGUGUCCGGGUUUUGGUUACUCCUUGAACAAUUGUUGUCAUAAGUGUUGACAGAAUGAACAGCUUGUGUUUUGUUCAAAUAAAAAUGUUUAAAUUGAGGCUGCCAAUAGAUUCAAUUAUUGCUGAUUCUUAUUUUGUAGUUUUAUAGUCAUUUAAAAUCAAACAUUUUUAUUUUCACAUCACUAUCAGCACGUGUCCAGUUACACUUUGCAUGGUACAUACACAAAAACGAUUCUAAUAGUUUUCUACUAUGAAAGGAUACAGUGACUGAAAAGAAAAAAACUAUAGCAAAUAUACCCAGCUGUGGAAAAAAUUUGAGACCAUUUCAAUAUUAUUUUCUGUUUUUCUUAAUGUACUAAUUAUUGGUAUGUGUAAGGUAUAAUUUUAUUUUUGUCAUCCAUAACAUAUCAAUAUUUCUCCCAAAUUUCCUUUAUUUGCAGAAAAUGAAAACAGAAAAGAUGCUCUGUAUUUUGUCGGACCACAAAUACUGCCAUGAAAACAAGUUCAUGUAUUUAAGAAGAGUAAAAAAAGCAAUUGAAAAAAAAUGAUUUUGUUGAAAUUCAACAGACACUGGACUGGAAUUAACACAAUACAUCUAGAAAUGAUGAUUCGAAAUGAAAAUUUGCAGGGGUCUCUUAAUAAUUUUCUGCGGCUGUAUGUAUAUUUUAGCACUAUAUUCAUUAAUCUGGUAAUUAUAUUUCCAGCUCUAGUUAAAAUGGUGUGUUAUUCAUAAAUCAUAUACUGUAUGAAAUGUUUUUUUAAAUAGGUUUUUCUCACUCACGUGGUUUUAUGAUGUGCAAGGCGCAGAUGGAGUGCAGCAAGUGAUUUUCCUCCAUAUAGGAAUUGAAUAUCAAAAACUCAAAGUACAUAACCUUAACCACGACCCAAACUUCUGUCAAACCUUACUUGGAAUAAACACCAGCCUUCCGUUAAAAGAACGAGCCUUUAGUAAAUGGAUAAAGGGACACAUCUUGUGUUAAGAGUUUCUUCCCUAUAGAAAUCCAUCAUAAGGAAACAGCUUAAUGUACCAAAACAACAAUCACGGAAAUCCAAAAUAAAUACAUUUGUUAAUCACUGAUAUCAAACAUAUAAUUGAUAAAAGAAAAGUUUUAUGUUCUCAGUUUGUUGCUGCCUUGAGCCACGUUAUGUGGUUUCUUUAAAAUGAACUUUAAUGAAGAGCAAGCUUAAUGUGAGACUAUUCUUAUCCCUGGAAUAAGUACUUGUUCUUUUAACAGCUAGUGUUUAUUAUAAUUAAGGUUUAAUAGAAAUGAGUUUUUAGGUAGUUGUUGUUUCGGUACGUUUCAUUAUAAUGGACUUCUAUGGGGGAGAAAUGCUUAAAGAUGGGGUAACACACGCAGUUUCGCCAAUCUCACAUUAAUCUUGAGUAUCUAUACAGUAGUAUUGCAUACAUUGCAUCUUUGAAGAGUUUUUAGUUUGAUCAGAUUUAUAAAAGAGGGAUACAUCUGAACGAUUGUUUCUGGAAAAGACGAGCUGCAGGAGUCAGGCAGGGGGGGCGAAACUACAGUACGAGCACACAACACAUCAUCACAUUAAUUCCUUCUGCCGUUUGCCAACAAAACACGGACAUAUGACUUCAUUUGACCUACCACGUGCAGUUCAUGUCCGGCAUAUUUUAGCAAUGGGACCGUAACAUCUCUGUUUCAAACCAUCUCCAAUUCCAGUGAUAUAUCCACCGUUUAUAUAACAUCCAUGACUGAAAUGCCUUGAACAAACAAACACACCUCAACUUCUCUCACUAUCGCAAGAGUAACGAGCUGCAGCUGGAGGCCCACAGAGCAGCCUAUCUUGAUAAGCGGGUCUUCCUAUCGCUCGUCCAAACUUUUGCUACACUAUAAAAACACCUUUUAUGGUUUUUAAUCGAUUUCCAAAGUCAAAGACGACACCGAACACAGGUAUUUUGAGUUUGUUACAGUGAAUUCCUCUGGAGAAAAAAAAAUAACUUCAGGCAGUGCCGUGACGUCAUGUGCAAACAACCUAUUACAUCCGUUCUCUGUCUAAUCUCUCUGUGUCCUGUCCUCUUCUG